GGCGAGUUCCGUACUGCCGAGGUCUCUGGAACGCCUGAUUUCGCUUCAUUCAAUGCUGGCGCCUACUUUCCAUGCCCCCAUGUCGUUUCAACUCCUGGAGUCCUCUCGCUGGCGCUGAGCGAGAACACAGUGCACGAGGUACUUCGUUUGCCAGAUGACUUCAGAUUCCCCGCCAUUAUCUCGGCAAACCUCCUUCGCUAUGAUCCGAUCGGCUGGACACCUCUAGAAAUGCCCUCUUCUCGAGCCUCUUCAUUCUCCUCUCCUCGCGGCGACUCUAACCCAGUCCACAGGUCGCCUUCCACUAGCGUUGAUUCGGAAGCCACGGUUACCAAUUCUCUUUCUUCUUUACAGCAUUCUUCUCAAAUCGCACCGUCUUCUGUUUAA